CGUACCGAUACAGGACGCGUGCAGCCAUGGAGCAGCAGGCGAAGGCAAGCGAGGUCGACGGCACGGCUGCCCACCGUGGCGCGCCACGCGAGUUCCUGGGUGCAGACACGGCGGAGAAGCAACGAGGCGGAGGCGACGACGUCGUUAGCGGUGGGGGCGGCGCAGCGAAGCUGGAGAAGGAGGAAGAGAAGGAGAAGACGGCGGCGGAGGGGGUGAAGCCGCUGCCGCACAAGCAGGUUCCGCAGCCCAGCGAUGUGUACAACCCGGAGCUCGAGCGCCUCUAAGCUGAAGCUAAUUUAUAUACCGAGUAUUGUGUAGUAGCUUGCAUCUCGCCUCUUGGUUAAUCGUAAGCUAAUAUACUUCGAGAAUUUUG